AUGUUGCUGUGGCCUCCACUCAGCACCCUGGCCUGGAGCCCUAGCUUUGUCUUCCUCAUUUUGAUUCUCCUGCUUGGACUGUAUGUGAGGAUAUGGCAGAGGUCUUGUCCCUGGAACCUCCAGAAAUGUCCCACCGACCUGACUGGGAAGACGGCAGUGGUAACUGGGGCCAACAGUGGUAUUGGGAAAGUUGUAUCCCAGGAGCUGGCCUGCCGUGGGGCCCGAGUGAUCCUUGCCUGCCGGAACCAAGAGCAUGGACAGCAAGCCCUAGCUGAGAUCCAGGCAGCCUCAAACAACAAUCACCUACUGCUUGGCGAGGUGGACCUCAGUUCUCUGGCUUCCAUCAGGAGCUUUGCCCAGUGGCUUCUUCAGGAAGUACCUGAGAUACACCUGCUGGUCAACAAUGCUGGAAUCUGUGGAAUCCCCCAGAAGACACUUACUCCAGAAGGCCUAGAUGUCACCUUUGCCACCAACUAUGUUGGUCCCUUUCUGCUCACAAAUCUACUUCAAGGGGCCCUACGGAGGGCAGGGUCAGCUCGGGUGGUGAAUGUGAAUUCCUUUAGGCACGCAUAUGGGUACAUUGAUGAGGAGCACCUGACAGGGGGUGGUGGACCUUUGGUCUUCAACCAGAACUAUGACUGCAGCAAACUGUUACUGACUUCAUUCACUGGGGAGCUUGCUCGAAGACUUCAAGGGACAGGUGUGACUGUGAAUUCUGUGGAAAUAGGUAUUGUAUACACAAACAUCAUGAAGCAACUAUCUUGGAAAUAUCGCUUUCUCUUCUGGCUCACCAGUUUCUUCAUCAAGGAUCCCAAGUGUGGUGCAAUCCCAGUCCUCUACCUGAGCUUGGCACAGGAGCUAGAUGGCAUUUCUGGAAAAUAUUUUAGCAGUUCCUGUAUGGUAACUCCUCCUAGUAAGCCUGCUCUGGAUCCUCAUGUGGCCCAAAGCCUCUGGAAGGCCACCAUCCGACUAACCAACCUGGACAAGAUGGACUGA